AUGAUGAUUCUGCCCAACGAUGGAGAGGCGCGAACAGUGAGACUGGAUGUGGCGAAGAAGUCCAUUACAGUGAAGAGUUUGAUUGAGAACACGACCAACUGCUCCAAACCCGUGCCGUUGCCCACAGUUUCGGCCAAAAUCCUGGACAAAGUGCUCGAAUAUCUCAAUUAUCACAUCGAAGAUCCCGUCGAAGAGAUCGAUUCGGACGACGAGGACAACGGCGACGCCGAGAAGAGUGACGACAUUUGCGUUUGGGAUCAGAACUUCAUGAAAGGCAUGAAUCGCGAGACACUCUUCGAACUGCUUUUGGCCGCAAACUAUCUCGACAUCAAAGGUCUGUUAGAUCUCGGCUGCAAAACAGCCGCCAAUGAGAUCAGAGGCAAAACCGCUGAUGAGGUCCAGGAGUUGUGGGGAAUUGAAUGCGAUUUGCCUGAAGAAGAAGUGUCGCGACUCAAGAAAGAAAACGCUUGGGCUGAAGAGAAAUAA